UUUCCUUCCCUACAUGUUUAUAUAUAUAGAUUUCUCAUCCUUGCAUGAUUUUCUACGCUUCACAUCAUAAAACCAUUUAUCUUCUGUAUUCUUCCAGAUAUUCCACUACAUAAUCAAACAUCAAGAACAAUAAUGUCUAAACAUGAUCAUCAAAGGGUUGCACUAAGCAAAUUAGUAAUCAGCAGAGAACACAAGAAAGUCAAAUUCUUAAACAAAUUUGCUAAUGGCAUCAAAGAACAUGUAACAGGAAAUCUGAGUUUACGCGCGAAAUUAUUAAUAGGAGGAAUGGAUAAUGUGUUCAAGAAAAUAUUCAAUAAUGUAAAAGAAGGAGAACGAUUGUUGAAGGCUUCACAUUGUUGUCUGUACACAACAGAAGGUUCAAUAACAGGCCUUCUCUUCAUCUCCACAGACAAAUUAGCUUUUUGCAGUGAUAGAUCAGUUGUUAAACUUUUUUCUCAAACAGGAGAAUCUCUUAGAUUUCGCUACAAGGUGGUAAUCCCGUUGAGAAAGAUUGAUAGAGCAGUUCAAAGUGAGAACAGUAGCAAGAAGUCGAAGAAAUACCUACAAUUGAUCACUAAGGAUGAGUUUGAGUUUUGGUUCAAGGGUUUCAUCAACUGCACGAAAGUGUGCAAAUGCAUACAUCAGGCCAUUUCUCCUGUUCAUAGCUAGAUAUCUGAUAACGCCAAAACUCUUUCUUUAGAACAAAUGUAGAAUCAUGUUUUACUAUGUGAAAAAACAUCCCUUGUAUAUUAACAAUUAUGUGAGAAAGAAACCAAACUUUAAGGGUUGAUUAUUAUUGUGUAAUCCACCAUAUAUAUGAAUACUAUAA